AUGCAACAAGUUCAGCAAAUUGUUGGCCAUUUCCGCUCGUUGCUGGCGGCGCUUGAAAUACCACCAAAGGUGAAACCGCAAGGUUUCGUGUUGGUUCAAGUCAUCACGCAACAGCCGCCAGCCGGAUGCAUCGCCGAUGUUGUUUCUCCAAAUUUAUCGAUUUUUCUUUCUAUUGGUGAUGGCGUCAAUGUCGCACAAACACUCGAUAAACUCAAAAAAAAACAAACUAAUCUACUUUGCAAGCUGGAUGGGUAUAUAAAGAAAGUAAACGAACCGAACUUCGAUAAGGCGCCAGAGGCAGUUCGCGAGACAGCACUGCAGAAGAAAGCGGAUCUAGAGAAGGAGCUGCAGCUCCUUGCUGCUGCAAUUGAGAAUGUAGCACCGCUACUCAAGUCAGAGGCAAACAGCACCCAGUAA